CGGUUCUGGGAGUAUCUUCUGGAAAACAAAGGUGCAUGCUUAUCAGCUCAGCAGGGUUGGUUUUGUAGAAGCUUGGAAGAGCACCCACCAUCGCCAACGUCCUCUCACAACAUCCUCUCACUUCGAGUACGCUGCGGCAUCCAUGGACUGCUGUUGAUGUGUUGAUGGUGGUGCACCUGAUCAUUAUUAGUGAAUGAGAAUCAUCAAGUCCAUUGUAGUUUUGUCUGUUACCGAUAGAAUUGUGUGAAGAAAGAAAGGAAAAUGGAGGAUCCAACCAUGGACAGUAAUCACAAUGAGACGAUCUUGCGUCCCGACCAUGUUCCGUCGCAGUCGACCGCCGCGGAUGAUACAGCUGCUGCCGUGGCAGUACCGUCCAUGCCACAACCGGUAGCACCGUUGCCGACGACUGCCGUGGAUGGACAGGGCAUGUGGCGCGCUUGGACUCGUGUCUUUGAGAAACCUUCUGCCGCUCUCUUGGAUCUUUUGGACAAUUCCUUUGAUGCCGCUCUGCAUGCCGAUUUUCAAGGACGGGUCGUCAUGGACUGUCUUUUGACAGAGGAACAACAGCAACAGCAAGACACACAAGUUCCAGCUACCUGCACGGGUAUUACCAUUAUGAACAAUAGCAAAUUCGAAAUCAAGAGUCUCGAAGAAGCUUUGACCGUCUACAAAUCCACCAAGAAUGCUGAGCAGGAAGACGAGCAAGAAGAAGACGACAAUAAGAGCACGGAAGAAGGAUCGUCGUCACGCAAAACUGUGAUUGGGGAAAAUGGAGUCGGCCUCAAACACGGCUGUGCGACGCUCUCGGAUACGUCCUUUGUAUUGACACGCAACCAUACAACGAUUCAAGUGGGUGUCAUUGCCAAAUCUCUACAGUCAGUCAGGGGAGUGUAUUUGCCCUCGUUUACGUUCGAGUUGGAGCAACAACAAGCCGACAACAAUGAAGAUCAGGACGGACAAAUCUACCAACACAUUAAUGACAUGAUUGAUAUUCAACCUCGCAUGGGGGACGUGUUGGCACAAUCGUUGGGAGAAGGUGAACUUCACAAGGGCAUUACCCUGUUGGCCCAGCGCAUUCAAAUCAUGUCGUGGAGUGACGAUUGGCAGCACGAAGAUCACGUCUUUCAGCUCUUACUGUGUCAUUUGCAUCACCUCGGCGAGAUUGAAAUCAUUGAUGUGGACAACCCGGAAGCGAGUGACAUUAUCUCGGCCAAGGCAUUCUUGGACGAAAUUCAAGCCAUGCUCCCCGAAUAUUACAUUAAUAUCCCGUCGACCUUUGAUUUUCGGAUUGAUGGAGAACGCAUCCACUUUUCGUUUUGGCAGCAUCGAUUGGUGGAAUUGACGCACUUUCCAAUUCAUGUUCCCAAAGAAAACAAUUUGGAUGACUACCAGGCUAGUUCGGAUUGGAUUCGAGAGGGCUAUCCACUCAACAUUUACUGCGGAUUUGAUGCCCAACGGGUGGAUUGGGAUGUCCACAAUGGAAGCGUUUCACCCUGCAUGAUGUACAUUUAUAGUCGACAAGCGGGACGUCUCAUCAAGAUUGAUGAUGAUGCGCGUCUAUUGUUGAAUCUUUGCGCCAGUGGGUCGGAUUAUAUGCAAGGAUUGACGAUCAUUAUUGAUGAUUAUACCGCCAAUCUACCGCUCCAACCUACCAAAGAUGGGAUUGCCUGGUCGGAAAAUAGAGGUGGCGAUGUCCACAGGACCAAUCUGCUGGCAUGGGCGGGUGCUGUGGCGCAAUGCUUUUGGAAGGAAAAUUUCAAAAAGUUUGAUACCAAGUCGACUGGUGGCAGAGCGAAACUCAUGUUGAAAAGAGUGAUUCGGUCGUUUGCGGUCGAUCAGCUUGAAGACCUGGAACAAUGCCUGGAACAAGAACACGGUGACGAUGAUGAUGACGAUGAGGAGGACAACAACAAGGAGAAAGCUGCUGCUAGAAAGAGAAAGCAAAAGAAAGUGGCAGAAGAAAUGGCCAACGCUGACUUUAAUCGCUACGAAAACGUCAGGUGGAGAAAAGACCUCAACAAAUUUAAAAAGUUGGUCAUUCGACGGGUCCCUCGUGUUAGUGGCUUCAAUAUCAAAAAGGGAAGUGACACUUUGUACGAGAUUACACCUGCACGGAUUGAAGAAGUAAAGACCAAUGCCAAGGCGGAACGACUGGGCAGCAUCCCCCGGCCGAAAAAGCAAGGACCCAGAAAGCGCAAGUACACCAUUUCCAUAGAGCCCAAGCCAACGAAAGCGUCUGCUGCAGAGGCCAAGAGCAAGAGCAAUAAUAACAAGAAUGACGACGACAACGUGGACAGCACCGAGGUUGCUGGGAAGCGACAAAGGCGCUCACGUUCCACCCCUAUUCAAUACACCGAUCCCGUUAGUGACCAAGGUGAGGAUUCUGAAGACCUGAUCGAAUACACCGUACCCGUUCGCAAAAGCACGAGGAAGAGAAAGGCCACCCGCAAGGCAGCAACUCGUCGCAAGAAAUCCGUGACUGAUGUGGCUGACGACGACAGCGACAAUGAAGCGGAACCGGUUGCCGCCGCGAAUCCUGAUACAUCCAUUUUGGAGCAGAAGUUGCUCGAGUCAGACAUUCUAUUGAAGCAAGAACAACUGAGGAGUAUCAAAGCUGAACGUGCGUUGCAAGAAGGGAAGGAUUUGGUUGCGAAACUACAGGCAAAGCUUGAACGAUACCAGGGAAAGCCACCACCCCCCGGUUAUCAACCCGAUGAUGAUUCAACCUUACGGGAGGAGUUAAACCGCGUGAAGGAAGAGCGAAACAGCUACAAGCACCGGCUGGAUGCCAGAAUUGAUCAAGGAGCCAGAGUGCAGGAGCUCUACAGACAAAACAAACUACUUCGAGAACAACUGCAAGAGCAAGGGGGAGAACCCAUGUCUGUGUUGCUCAAACGAGUGGACAAGCUGGAAGCAAGAAUCAAGAGGCGUGAUAUGACAAUUCUCAAGUUGGAACAAGCGGCACCCAAUGACACCUUGUCCACUGCUGAACCUGUUGCAGCUGUGAGCCCCGAAAAGGCCACGGACGGUGAAAUCAUCCAAUCCAUUUGAAUGGCCAAAGAAUCUCACGGACCCCACGACAGCCCACGCACCAUGAAGCUAUACAAUCCUGUUUCACCCAACAAUUCGAUUUAAGCAAAACAUCUAUAGGAAACCUUCUUUCCUUCUAUCAUAAUUCGUGCUGCAUUUGUGGUGAAGGGAGUUCGGUGAUGCUGUCAACAACAUGAACAUACCGGUACAGUACAAGCGUAUGUUUUGUACCGAGGGAGACUGGCUGCUCUUUUGAGCCCAUGAACCUUUGAACACGCCUUGGUUCUCGGUUUGCUUCUUGUACUCAUCGCCCUGUUUGACUGCGUCCUUCGAGCCAGUUUCGUCACCACCAGAGAUUGAAUCCAGCGGAGACACACACCGCUGUUUGUAUUGUCCUCAAACUACCUAAUUUGGACCCCAGCUCAUGUAAGAAGGACUAGCACAAGUUUUGCUCUUGAUGACAGAUUGGUCGGAUGUGGGUGUUAGUAACUG